AUGAAGACCCUGAACUACGCUGCAGCCCUUCGUUUCAAAACUCCACUUCGGCCAAUCAUACGCCAGGACACGAGAUGGGGAUCGACCUAUGCAAUGGUCGAGCGCUAUUUCCGAAUUUCCGAAUAUUUACCUGUGGAAGACGACGACGUCGCGGAGCUGCUACCAAGUCCGAGGGCCAUCAAGCGCCUACGCGGCCUCCUGGUGGACCUGUCGCGAGUGCAGAACGUCAGCAAGGCGCUUCAGUCCGACAACAUUACAAUGCUGGACGCACGAGUGUGGCUGGACGGCUUAAUUGACGUCGAACCAUCCUUCCACCAGUAUUUGGAGCCACGAGCUGAUAUUGUGCAUACCCCCGACUUCGAGAUUGCAUGCACGAAGGUUCUGGCAGGAGAUGCAGCUAAACUCACUCGAGCGCAGCGCCUCCUGCUUCAACCUUUUGAAAAACAGGAGUGUGAAUCGGAAGAAGAGAGUGAAGGAGAAUCAUUUGUUGCCCAGUUGCAACGAAAAAGGAAGCGAGCCCAACGAGUGCAGACGUAUGCUCUGCUUGCAGCUAUUCCGCCUACGUCAAACAUCGUUGAGCGAUUCUUCAGUCUUGCCCGUAUAGCGUAUGGGCACGAACGUCAUCGCAUUGCUCCGUACACCCUCGAGAAAAUCCUUUUUCUCCGUGUUAACAAGCGCCUCUGGGACAUUCACACGGUAAAUGAAUGUCUUUAG